UGCUUGUGCCAUUAAUGCCUUUGGGGUGGCAUGGAGGGGACAUCGACGUAUACGCCAAGGUUACUACUACAUAGAUACACGCCCCCACUGAUGUGAAACAUCCUCGAACGACCAAAGUUGUUUGCUGCCCUACACUGGACAUCGACCAUAUGAAAUUACGAUCGGCGAGGUAAAACCUCGUUUUUAAUCAACGCUAUUGCGAUGGAUGACGAACAAAACUGGUUUGACAAAUUUACUGUUAUUGUGGAACAGAAUAUUAGAGGUGUACAGAUCGGCAUAUAUUCUGUGGGCGUGAUCGGACUUGUUGUGGCCUUGAAAAGUGUGCGACCGUUCUCACGCUUUGUAAGGCCUCAAGACAUUCCAAAAACCUUUGUGGAACGCCAUGUGCCGUUAAAGGGGCGAGUCUUAGGGGUAGAACUAGGUGGUCCAGCUACACCACCAUUGCUAAUGGUGGAUCAUCAACCAAUCAUAUCCCUUACACGGCAAUCGUCUUCUUGUCUACCUGUACAUAUUGCUGGUGUUGACAUUUCUGGCAAUGGAAUUUCUUGGAUGCAGUCUGUACUGGUUGGAGAUCAAGUGAAGUUUACACCACUGAAAAUUAAUCCGAGCAGUGUUAGCUGCAUAGUGAAAGCAUCGAAAGGUGAUGUGGCUGUAGACCUCGUCUCAGUGGGAUUUGCAACAGUGUCAGCAUUGGACUUCACAUUGGAAAAAGAUCCACUUUACAUCACAUACUACAAAAGACUGUUGAAGACUGAGAAACAGGCAGAGCGUAAGGGGCAUGGUAUGUGGGCCACUAACAGCACAUGGUUCCAACGGAUAUGGAGAAAGGUCAGUGCAAGAGUGCAGCCAAGACUGUUGCUACCAGUAGCAUUACGGCGCUCUUGAAUAAGCUUUCCAUCCAGUUCCUAAGACGAUACUAUAUUGCUACUGGUUGUGUGUAGAAAAUUUAACCAUAAUUGUGUUCAUUGAUGUGUCAUUAUGGCUAUCCAGAUUAUAGUCAACAGCAGGUAGCUACUAAUAAUAGUAGUGACAAAACAGGAAAUCUGUUAACUAACAUUAAAACAAGAAUGAAUGGAGUAAGACCAAGAGUCACACAAAUUUAAAAAAAAGGCUGCAUCUCUAGAUUUCAACAUUUUUUAAAAUUCCUUCAUUAUGAUGAUGAUUCAAAACUGAAUGAGGAAAGAGUAUAUGCAUAGGCACUGAAGCAGAAAGGAAAAAGAGGGG